AUGAAUUUUGAAAGGGUCGGUUUCGACCCGGAAACCGGGAUAACCGCCAAGCUGGAAUUGAUGGAGCUAGAAAAUAUUGUCGCGAAUACAGUGUAUUUAAAGGCAAGAGAAGGUGGUUCAGAUAAUAAUAAAGGGAAAAGUAAAAAAUGGAGAAAAAUUCUACAGUUUCCUCACAUAUCUCACUGUUUGGAAUUAAAGAACAAAAUUGAUGUCAAAUACUCGUACAUAAUCGAUCAACAACCUAUUGGAAGAUUGUUAUUUCGUCAAUUUUGCGAAAGUGAAAAUAAUAAAAAAUAUCAUCAGUACAAUGAUUUCCUCGAUUUAUUGGAGAGAUAUGAAAUUGAAUCGGAUGAAAAUCGUAAUGAAAGUGCACAGAAAAUAUACUCUACAUAUUUAGACAGAGACAGUUUAAAUGCUGUCGAUAUAAUCAAUAUUGAUUUGAUACAAAAGUGUAAAGAAAGAUUGAACAAUGCUGACAGGGAUUUGUUUUUAGAAUGUUUAUCAAUAGUUAAAAAUUAUUUAGCAAAUGAGCCAUUUUCAGAGUUCCUAGAAUCAAUGUAUUUCCACAGAUAUUUACAGUGGAAAUGGCUGGAAAGCUUGCCGGUUACGUACAAAACAUUUAGGAUGUAUCGAGUGUUGGGAAAGGGAGGAUUCGGAGAAGUCUGUGCUUGUCAGGUUCGAGCUACGGGUAAAAUGUACGCUUGUAAAAAAUUGGAAAAGAAAAGGAUAAAGAAAAGAAAGGGAGAAGCCAUGGUAUUGAUAGAGAAACAAAUAUUGCAAAAAAUAAAUUCACGUUUCGUUGUUAGUCUGGCAUAUGCAUACGAAACAAAAGAUGCUCUUUGCCUCGUUUUAACAAUUAUGAACGGUGGAGAUUUGAAAUUUCACAUAUACAAUAUGGGUGGGGAACCAGGUUUCGAUUUGUAUCGUGCAAGAUUUUAUGCUGCCGAGGUUUUGUGCGGACUCGAACAUUUACACGCUCAGGGUAUCGUUUACAGAGACUGCAAACCUGAAAACAUAUUAUUAGACGAUCACGGUCACGUUAGAAUAUCAGAUUUAGGAUUAGCCGUACAAAUACCGGAAGGAGACAUGGUGAGAGGUAGAGUGGGUACCGUCGGUUACAUGGCACCCGAAGUUAUUUACAACGAGAAAUAUACAUUUUCUCCAGACUGGUUUAGUUUCGGAUGUUUAAUUUAUGAAAUGAUCGAAGGACAAGCUCCUUUUAGAGCGAGAAAAGAAAAAGUCAAAAGAGAGGAAGUCGAUAGGAGAGUGAAAGAAGACCAAGAAAAGUAUUCGCAUAAAUUUACGGAGGAAGCCAAAUCUCUUUGUCAACAAUUGUUGAAAAAAAAUCCAAAAAUUCGACUCGGUUGCUCGAGUGGGAGAAACGGUGCCAAAGAAAUAAAGCAACACGAAUUGUUUAAGUGUUUGCAAUGGAAAAGGCUGGAAGCUGGAGUUUGGGAACCUCCCUUCGUUCCAGAUCCUCACGCCGUAUACGCCAAAGAUGUAUUAGACAUUGAACAAUUUUCAACCGUCAAAGGAGUCAAUCUCGAUGCGACAGACGAUACGUUUUAUAGUAAAUUCAACACGGGAAGCGUUUCGAUACCCUGGCAAAACGAGAUGAUCGAAACGGAAUGUUUUAAAGAACUUAACGAGUUCGGACCGAACAAUACUCGCACACCCGAUUUAAUAUUGGACGCACCACCGGAACCCGAAUCUCCCGGUUGUUUCCCAUUUAGAAGAAAGAAAAGACAACCGUCAAGAACAAAACCGAUACCGAUUCAAAAUCAUCAAUUCGUACCCAGCUGA